AUGAGGAUAGAGGACUUUCCAACAGAAAUCCUGCGACUCUUCGUAUUGAGCCUCGGUAAGUCAGACCGCCGAACCCUGCUCUUUGUCUCCCGCCGCUUCCAUGACAUCGCGCUACCAUAUCUUUAUCAGUCGAUAUGUCUCCCAAGCGCGGAUGAGACAUGGCUCAACAUCUUCCUUCUUACGAUAUUACGAAAACCUCAGAUCGCGGACGAGGUUCGAGAGUUGGAGCUUCGCGGUUUUGCGACUACCCGAGCCUCCGAAAGACUUGGCGGUCACGGGCUUUUGCCUCCGCAAGAAGAGGAUGUAAAGAGCGCAAUAGCCAGAAUCAUACCUGAUCCGCAAGACGAUGGUGCCUGGAUAGGUGAUAUCCCGCGACACAGCGCUGAUACCCUGUUUGCGGUACUUCUCGCAUGUUUGCCGAACCUGUCGAAACUGACAUUCGAAUUACCUUUCAUUGAACCGAAGGAUGAUCAGGGACGUCCUAUAUGUCACUUCUAUCGAAUGCUUAUCAGGGCUGUCAGCCGAGAAGAGUCGUCUACAGCUCCUCCGAUACUUUCCCACCUCUCCUCAGUGGUGGCCAAGCAUAACCGCGACGACAAAUACUGUGACGAAGAACUUGCCUCCACCGUACUUAGCCCAUUCUUUCAAAUUCCGUCCAUGAGACACAUCACCGCCUUUCAAAUCAACGACACCGAGGGAACGAAAUGGGACUUGAAACACCCAUCGCCAGUCACACACGUAGACCUCCGAGACGCGUGCGCCACCAACGGCAUGCAGCAACUCAUAUCAAGCUGCCAAAAUCUCCAGUCAUUCACAUACUCCCAUACCGCGAGGGAAGCUAUCCACGGAGUACCUCAGAGUCUACGAACUGCUCUGCACCACGCAAAACACAGCCUAACGACCCUCAUUCUGGACUUCCGCAGCUUCUGCGAUGAGUUUGACUACGGCGUCCUCGGCGAGUCGCUGGCCUGCUUUGAGUCUCUGAAGCUUCUGCACAUAGACGCGUACAACCUCCUCAAGUUUGAAGACAACUUUGACCAGGAUUCAGAAUUUGAGUAUGAGAAUACGGAGCCUACGGUUGCGGAUAUGCUGCCGGCAUCGAUGGAAAGUUUGCAUAUAUGUGCGUUGGAGCCACAGCACAUGCAGCAAUGCUUUGAGCAGCUGGUUGAUUUGGCGGGUGUAGCUGGAGAAAAGUUUCCCGUGCUGAAGGAGAUUUUGCUGACUGUCAAGGUGUAUGUGGAUGAUGAGACGAGGGAUGAAGUGAAGAGGGCUUGUGCAAAGGCUGGAAUUGAGUGUCGGUUUACGCUGUAUUGUGGGUGUUUUGAGAGGCGUUGGGGUGGUAAGAACUUUUCUUGGAAGAAGUGA